AACAAACCGUACCAACGAUUAUGUGGCCAAUGUCCUGACCUCCUGUCACUAAAAGUUGCACUUUUUCACACUUUUCCACACUUUUCCAGUGUGAGAGAGAGAGAGAGAGAGAGAGAGAGAAUGUGCAAUAUGGUCAGCAGAAAAACCAGAAGCAAGACCAGAAAGCCCAAGUUCCUCAGCCUCCGCCUAGAGAUCUCGGCGGAAACCACCCAACCACAAUCCGGCCAAAUGAAAAACUCCACACCCACUACCACCGCCUCCCACCACCACCACCCACAACUCAACCUUUUCCCACUACACCCAGAAAACCUAGUCGAAGACAAGGAAACAACCACCUUCUCCCACUUCUUCGACGCCGCCGCGGAUGGCGGCGCCACCGCCACCAUGACCGCCCUCCUCGGCGCUGGAUCCUCGUCGGAAAAAAGCGACGACGCUCAACUACCGCCAUCGCUAACGUACACCUGCGGGGGACAGGAUAGCGAGGAGGGGGAUGAUCUGGUGCGGACGGCGCUGAGGAGUAAGGAACGAUCGGACACGUGCGACGAGAAGUGGGUUAGCUACGAGGAAGUUACUAGCUGCGCCGCUGACCCACGGCAUAAGAUUCGGACGCGGGGUUCGUUGUCGUUGAAGCUUGAUUAUCAGGAGAUCAUGAACGCUUGGACUGAUAAAGGCCCACUUUAUGUACUGCUGGAGUCCCCACAGACCGUCCCUGAUUUACUCCACGACGAUCUCUUUGCCCCUGAUCCUUACUCCUAUAAUGGGAGGAAGGAUGAUCGGGGAAGUAAUGGAGGAGGGUUGUGGACAGUUCCUCAAAUUAGUAUCAACAAUGGCAAUAUUGGCAACAUGAAAGUGAAAACAGAGGAAGUGAUAUUGCAAGGAGGAGAAGAAGAGUGGAAGCAAGUGAGGGUCAGGGAGGCAAGUGUGAUGAGAUACAAAGAGAAGAGGCAGAACAGGCUAUUCGCGAAACGGAUCCGAUACGAAGUUAGAAAGAUCAACGCGGAGAAGCGUCCCCGAAUGAAGGGGAGAUUUGUGAAGAGAAGUUGAAUGAGUACACAGGCUUUUGGAUGUGGUAAAUUAGUUGCAGUAGUUUAUAAUCAUAAAGAGACUGUUCAAUAGCUUGUGUUAUUUUGAACUUCUCUUCUUAGUUUUGAUUCUUUAGUUGUUGUAAAGGAACUAACUGAACAAAGCAUGUCCAAAAUAUGAGAAUAAUUAGAAUAUAUAGACCAGAUGUACAUGGUAAA